AUGGCAAGCCACGGUAUAUCGCGUGGGUCAGGCCCGAUAGUUCGGUCAGAAGAGGCGCGACAGAAGGAGCUUCAACAGAUUGCGGAUUACAAAGAUCUAGCCGAUCUGGUGAAUGCGAAGGUUGCAGAGAAGCAGUAUACCAUCGAAGUCUUGGGCCUUGUCACGAAGCUCCUAAACGAAAACCCCGAGUAUUACACGAUAUGGAACCACAGGAGACGCGUCCUGAUGGCGCUCUUGACAUCAGAUGCUCUUGAGCAAUCGCCAGAAGACCUUUUGCAAGGCGACCUGCAUCUCACCUUUGCGCUGUUACGGAAAUUCCCAAAGUGCUAUUGGAUAUGGAACCACCGAAACUGGCUUCUGCGCGAAGGGGAAGCGCUGAUGGGCGUGGAAGCAUCACAUAAGCUUUGGUCGGGAGAACUGCAACUCAUAAACAAGAUGCUACACGCGGACAGCCGCAAUUUUCAUGCCUGGGGCUAUAGACGAUUCGUCGUGUCGCAGAUCGAACGGCUGGCCGCGUCUGAAGACAUCCCCACGACCGGCACUACACCGAAAAGCCUCACAGAGUCCGAGUUCGAGUACACAACCAAAAUGAUCAAGACCAAUCUUUCCAACUUCUCCGCCUGGCACAACCGCAGCCAGCUUAUACCCAAGAUGCUCUGCGAGCGCGAUGCAGACGCCCAAGCUCGCCGCGCAUUCCUCAACUCAGAACUAGCUCUAAUAUGCGAAGCCAUAAACACAGAUCCUUUCGACCAGUCUAUAUGGUUCUACCACCAAUACCUCCUCUCGAUAUUGUCUCCGUCAUGUCCACCGGGUUCGCUUGUUGUCCAGGAUCUGACCAACGGCGAGCGACAAAAGUACUAUGAGCACGAGAUGGAGUAUAUCAGGGAGAUAUUAGAGGACGAGAAGGAUUGCAAGUGGAUAUACGAGGCACUUCUCGGGCUCGCAGAGGCGUACCUAGCGGUGGACGCAGGAACCGGGUCGUUUACAACAAAGGACAUGAAGUCGUGGUUGGAUGAGCUGAAGCGUCUGGAUCCGCUGCGGCAGGGGCGGUGGAGCGAUCUCGAGCGUCAACUUGAUCUUUAA